GCCAACAAGAAGGCGGGCGGCAGCGGCACAUUCGCGUGGAGGCGCGCGGCGGGCGUAGCAGAGGCCAGCAGAGCCCUAAGGCAUUGGGCGCCAGCGCGGGCGCGAAGGAGAGCCGGGCGCCACCCCGCGGUUGCCUGCCGCCCUCUGGGACAGCAGCACAACCUCUGUUGUUGUCAGCCUCGACUCUCAACACGCCGGAGUGCCUACGGCUUUAAUUAAAGGGCCGUCCCCUCGCCGAGGCUGCAGCACCGCCCCCGUGGCUCCUCACGCCUCAAAAUGAGUAGCUCCCACUCUCGCGCUGGCCAGAGCACGGCAGGCGCGGCUCCGGGAGGUGGCGCGGAGACGCGGGACGCCGAGAUGCCGGCUACCGAGAAGGACCUGGCGGAGGAUGCACCAUGGAAGAAGAUCCAGCAGAAUACGUUCACUCGCUGGUGCAAUGAGCACCUCAAGUGCGUGAGCAAGCGCAUCGCCAAUCUGCAGACGGACCUGAGCGAUGGGCUGCGGCUCAUCGCCCUGCUGGAGGUACUCAGCCAGAAGAAGAUGCACCGCAAACACAACCAGCGACCCACCUUCCGCCAGAUGCAGCUCGAGAAUGUGUCGGUGGCGCUCGAAUUCCUGGACCGCGAGAGCAUCAAGCUCGUCUCCAUCGACAGCAAGGCCAUUGUGGAUGGAAACCUGAAGCUGAUUUUGGGCCUCAUCUGGACCCUCAUCCUGCACUACUCUAUCUCCAUGCCCAUGUGGGAUGAGGAAGAGGAUGAGGAGGCCAAAAAGCAGACACCCAAACAGAGGCUUCUGGGGUGGAUCCAAAACAAGUUACCACAGUUGCCCAUCACGAACUUUAGUCGAGACUGGCAGAGUGGCCGCGCGCUGGGUGCCCUUGUGGAUAGCUGUGCCCCAGGUCUGUGUCCUGACUGGGAUUCCUGGGAUGCCAGCAAGCCUGUGAACAAUGCAAGGGAAGCCAUGCAGCAGGCCGAUGACUGGCUGGGCAUCCCUCAGGUGAUCACCCCCGAGGAGAUUGUGGACCCCAAUGUGGAUGAGCAUUCAGUCAUGACCUACCUGUCCCAGUUCCCGAAGGCCAAGCUGAAACCAGGGGCUCCCCUGCGGCCCAAACUGAACCCAAAGAAAGCCCGAGCCUAUGGGCCAGGCAUAGAGCCCACAGGCAAUAUGGUGAAGAAACGGGCCGAGUUCACUGUGGAGACUCGAAGUGCCGGCCAGGGAGAGGUGCUGGUGUAUGUGGAGGAUCCAGCUGGACACCAAGAAGAGGCAAAGGUGACUGCCAAUAAUGACAAGAAUCGCACCUUCUCCGUGUGGUACAUCCCCAAAGUUACGGGGACUCAUAAGGUGACAGUGCUCUUUGCCGGCCAGCAUAUUGCCAAGAGCCCCUUUGAGGUAUAUGUGGACAAAUCACAGGGUGAUGCCAGCAAAGUGACCGCCCAAGGCCCUGGCCUGGAGCCUAGUGGCAACAUUGCAAACAAGACCACUUACUUUGAGAUCUUCACUGCAGGAGCUGGCACUGGCGAGGUGGAGGUGGUCAUCCAGGACCCUACAGGACAGAAGGGCACAGUGGAGCCUCAACUGGAGGCCCGAGGAGAUAGCACGUAUCGCUGCAGUUACCAGCCCAUGAAGGAGGGCGUCCACACGGUGCAUGUCACCUUUGCUGGUGUGCCCAUCCCUCGCAGCCCCUACACUGUCACUGUUGGCCAAGCCUGUAACCCAGCUGCCUGUCGAGCUGUUGGCCGGGGCCUUCAGCCUAAAGGUGUGCGGGUGAAGGAGACGGCUGACUUCAAGGUAUACACAAAGGGCGCCGGCAGCGGAGAGCUGAAGGUCACUGUAAAGGGUCCCAAGGGCGAGGAACGUGUGAAACAGAAGGAUCUAGGAGACGGUGUGUAUGGCUUUGAGUAUUACCCUUCAGUCCCUGGCACAUACACGGUCACCAUCACAUGGGGUGGCCAGAAUAUUGGACGCAGUCCCUUCGAGGUGAAAGUGGGCACGGAGUGUGGCAAUCAGAAGGUGCGGGCCUGGGGCCCUGGACUGGAAGGAGGUGUUGUUGGCAAGUCAGCAGACUUCGUGGUAGAGGCCAUUGGGGACGAUGUGGGCACUUUGGGCUUCUCCGUGGAAGGCCCAUCGCAGGCCAAAAUUGAAUGUGAUGAUAAGGGCGACGGCUCCUGUGAUGUGCGCUACUGGCCCCAGGAGGCUGGCGAGUAUGCUGUUCACGUACUGUGCAACAGUGAGGACAUCCGCCUCAGCCCCUUCAUGGCUGAUAUCCGCGACGCACCUCAGGACUUUCACCCAGACAAGGUAAAGGCACGUGGGCCUGGAUUGGAGAAGACUGGUGUGGCAGUCAACAAACCUGCAGAGUUCACUGUGGAUGCUAAGCAUGCUGGGAAGGCCCCUCUCCGAGUCCAAGUGCAGGACAACGAGGGCUGCCCUGUGGAGGCGUCAGUCAAGGACAAUGGCAAUGGCACAUAUAGCUGCUCCUACGUGCCCAGGAAACCCGUGAAGCACACGGCCAUGGUGUCCUGGGGAGGUGUCGGCAUCCCAAACAGCCCUUUCCGGGUGAAUGUGGGCGCUGGCAGCCACCCAAACAAGGUCAAGGUGUAUGGCCCAGGAGUGGCCAAGACAGGGCUCAAAGCCCACGAACCUACCUACUUUACAGUGGACUGUACGGAGGCUGGUCAGGGCGAUGUCAGCAUUGGUAUCAAGUGUGCCCCAGGAGUGGUGGGUCCUACUGAGGCUGACAUUGACUUCGACAUAAUUCGCAAUGACAAUGAUACCUUCACAGUGAAAUACACACCCCGUGGGGCUGGCAGCUAUACCAUUAUGGUCCUUUUUGCUGAUCAGGCCACACCUACCAGCCCCAUCCGCGUCAAGGUAGAGCCCUCCCAUGAUGCCAGCAAGGUAAAGGCUGAGGGCCCUGGUCUCAGUCGCACAGGUAUUGAGCUUGGCAAGCCCACCCAUUUCACUGUCAAUGCCAAAGCUGCUGGCAAAGGAAAGCUGGAUGUCCAGUUCUCAGGGCUGGCCAAGGGGGAUGCGGUACGAGAUGUGGACGUCAUUGAUCACCAUGAUAACACCUACACAGUCAAGUACACACCUGUGCAACAGGGCCCAGUUGGUGUCAACAUCACUUAUGGAGGAGAUUCCAUCCCCAAGAGCCCCUUCUCAGUAGGAGUGUCCCCAAGCCUGGACCUCAGCAAGAUCAAGGUGUCUGGCCUGGGAGAAAAAGUGGACGUUGGCAAAGACCAGGAAUUCACAGUCAAGUCAAAGGGUGCAGGUGGCCAAGGCAAAGUGGCAUCCAAGAUUGUGGGGCCCUCAGGUUCAGUGGUACCUUGCAAGGUGGAGCCUGGCCUGGGGACUGACAAUAGCUUGGUGCGCUUUGUGCCUCGUGAGGAGGGGCCUUACGAGGUGGAGGUGACCUAUGAUGGUGUGCCAGUGCCUGGCAGCCCCUUUCCUGUGGAAGCAGUACCUCCCACCAAACCUAGCAAGGUGAAGGCAUUUGGACCAGGACUGCAGGGGGGCAGUGCAGGCUCCCCUGCCCGCUUCACCAUUGACACCAAAGGUGCUGGCACAGGUGGCCUAGGCCUGACCGUGGAGGGCCCCUGUGAGGCACAGCUGGAGUGUCUGGACAAUGGAGAUGGCACCUGCUCCGUGUCCUAUGUGCCCACUGAGCCCGGCGACUACAACAUCAACAUCCUCUUCGCUGAUACCCAUAUCCCUGGCUCCCCAUUCAAGGCCCAUGUGGUUCCCUGCUUCGAUGCAUCCAAGGUCAAGUGCUCAGGCCCUGGGCUGGAGCGGGCCACCGCUGGUGAGGUGGGCCAGUUCCAGGUGGACUGCUCAAGUGCAGGCAGUGCAGAGUUGACAAUUGAGAUCUGCUCUGAGGCUGGGCUGCCAGCCGAAGUGUACAUCCAGGACCAUGGUGAUGGCACGCACACCAUCACCUAUAUUCCUCUCUGCCCUGGGGCCUACACUGUCACUAUCAAGUAUGGUGGCCAGCCUGUGCCCAAUUUCCCCAGCAAGCUUCAGGUGGAGCCUGCUGUGGACACGUCAGGCAUCCAGUGCUAUGGGCCCGGAAUUGAGGGCCAAGGUGUCUUCCGAGAGGCCACCACGGAGUUCAGUGUGGAUGCUCGUGCUCUGACACAGACAGGAGGGCCCCAUGUAAAGGCCCGUGUGGCCAACCCAUCAGGCAACCUCACGGAGACAUAUGUGCAGGACUGUGGUGAUGGCACAUACAAAGUGGAAUACACACCCUAUGAGGAGGGACUCCACUCUGUGAAUGUGACCUAUGAUGGAAGCCCUGUGCCCAGCAGCCCCUUCCAGGUGCCUGUGGCAGAGGGCUGCGACCCCUCUCGAGUGCGUGUCCAUGGGCCAGGCAUCCAAAGUGGGACCACCAACAAACCCAACAAGUUCACAGUGGAGACCAGGGGAGCUGGCACAGGUGGCCUGGGCCUGGCUGUAGAGGGCCCCUCUGAGGCCAAGAUGUCCUGCAUGGAUAACAAGGACGGCAGCUGCUCAGUAGAGUACAUCCCCUAUGAGGCCGGCACAUACAGCCUUAAUGUGACCUAUGGUGGUCACCAAGUGCCAGGCAGUCCUUUCAAGGUCCCUGUGCAUGACGUGACAGAUGCAUCCAAAGUCAAGUGUUCUGGGCCUGGCCUGAGCCCGGGCAUGGUUCGUGCCAAUCUCCCUCAGUCCUUCCAGGUGGACACAAGCAAGGCUGGUGUGGCCCCACUGCAGGUCAAAGUGCAAGGGCCCAAAGGCUUGGUGGAGCCAGUGGAUGUGGUGGACAAUGCUGAUGGCACUCAGACCGUCAACUAUGUGCCCAGUCGAGAAGGGCCCUAUAGCAUCUCAGUGCUCUAUGGGGAAGAAGAGGUGCCCCGGAGCCCCUUUAAGGUCAAGGUGCUACCCACACACGAUGCCAGUAAGGUGAAAGCCAGUGGACCUGGACUCAACACUACCGGUGUGCCAGCCAGCCUGCCAGUGGAGUUCACCAUUGAUGCCAAGGAUGCUGGGGAGGGGCUCCUGGCUGUCCAGAUUACGGACCCUGAAGGCAAGCCCAAGAAGACACACAUCCAAGACAACCAUGAUGGCACAUACACGGUGGCCUACGUGCCAGAUGUGACAGGACGCUAUACGAUCCUCAUCAAGUAUGGUGGGGAUGAGAUCCCCUUCUCCCCGUAUCGUGUCCGGGCUGUGCCCACUGGGGAUGCCAGCAAGUGCACAGUGACAGUGUCAAUCGGAGGUCACGGGCUAGGUGCUGGCAUCGGCCCUACCAUCCAGAUUGGGGAGGAGACGGUAAUCACUGUGGACACAAAGGCAGCAGGCAAAGGCAAGGUGACCUGCACCGUGUGCACCCCCGACGGCUCAGAGGUAGAUGUGGAUGUGGUAGAGAAUGAGGAUGGCACCUUCGACAUCUUCUACACAGCCCCUCAGCCAGGCAAAUACGUCAUCUGUGUGCGCUUUGGCGGCGAGCACGUGCCCAACAGCCCCUUCCAAGUGACAGCUUUGGCUGGGGAGCAGCCCACCUCACAGACUCCAUUACGGCCUCAGCAGCUGGCUCCACAGUAUACCUAUGCCCAGGGGGGUCAGCAGAAUUGGGGACCAGAGAGGCCUAUGGUGGGUGUUAAUGGCCUGGAUGUGACCAGUCUGAGGCCCUUUGACCUUGUCAUCCCCUUUACUAUCAAGAAAGGAGAGAUCACUGGAGAGGUUCGGAUGCCCUCGGGCAAAGUGGCACAGCCCUCCAUCACUGACAACAAGGAUGGCACUGUGACAGUGCGCUACGCACCCAGUGAGGCUGGCCUGCAUGAGAUGGACAUCCGCUAUGACAACAUGCACAUCCCAGGAAGCCCCUUGCAGUUCUACGUGGAUUAUGUCAACUGUGGCCAUGUCACUGCCUAUGGCCCUGGCCUCACCCACGGAGUAGUCAACAAACCUGCUACCUUCACCGUCAACACCAAGGAUGCAGGAGAGGGGGGCUUGUCGCUGGCCAUUGAGGGGCCAUCCAAAGCGGAAAUCAGCUGCACUGACAACCAGGAUGGGACAUGCAGUGUUUCUUACCUACCUGUGCUGCCUGGUGACUACAGCAUCCUCGUCAAGUACAAUGAGCAGCACAUCCCAGGCAGCCCUUUCACUGCCAGGGUCACAGGUGAUGAUUCCAUGCGGAUGUCCCACCUAAAAGUGGGCUCUGCCGCCGACAUCCCCAUAAACAUCUCGGAGACAGACCUUAGCCUGUUGACAGCCACUGUGGUGCCUCCUUCGGGCCGAGAGGAGCCCUGUCUUUUGAAGCGCCUGCGUAAUGGUCACGUUGGGAUUUCAUUCGUGCCCAAGGAAACAGGGGAGCACAUGGUGCACGUGAAGAAGAACGGGCAGCACGUGGCAAGCAGCCCCAUCCCAGUGGUGAUCAGCCAGUCCGAGAUUGGGGAUGCCAGUCGGGUGCGUGUCUCCGGCCAGGGCCUCCAUGAAGGCCACACCUUUGAGCCUGCUGAAUUUAUUAUCGACACCCGAGAUGCAGGCUAUGGUGGGCUCAGCCUGUCCAUUGAAGGCCCCAGCAAGGUGGACAUCAACACAGAGGACCUGGAGGAUGGCACGUGCAGGGUCACCUACUGCCCCACAGAGCCCGGCAACUACAUCAUAAACAUCAAGUUUGCUGACCAGCAUGUGCCUGGCAGCCCCUUCUCUGUGAAGGUGACCGGUGAGGGCCGGGUGAAAGAGAGCAUCACACGCAGGCGGCGGGCCCCUUCAGUGGCCAAUGUUGGCAGCCACUGUGACCUCAGCCUGAAGAUCCCUGAAAUUAGCAUCCAAGACAUGACGGCCCAGGUGACUAGCCCAUCAGGCAAGACCCAUGAGGCAGAAAUUGUGGAAGGAGAGAACCAUACUUAUUGCAUCAGAUUUGUACCUGCUGAGAUGGGAAUGCACACAGUCAGCGUGAAGUACAAGGGCCAACAUGUACCUGGGAGCCCUUUCCAGUUCACCGUGGGGCCCCUGGGGGAAGGAGGUGCCCACAAGGUUCGUGCUGGAGGACCUGGCCUGGAAAGGGCUGAAGCUGGAGUGCCAGCUGAAUUCAGCAUUUGGACCAGGGAAGCUGGUGCUGGGGGAUUGGCCAUCGCUGUCGAGGGCCCCAGCAAAGCUGAGAUCUCAUUCGAGGACCGCAAGGAUGGCUCUUGUGGUGUGGCUUAUGUGGUCCAAGAGCCAGGUGACUAUGAGGUGUCAGUCAAAUUCAACGAGGAGCACAUCCCUGACAGUCCCUUUGUGGUGCCUGUGGCUUCUCCGUCUGGUGACGCCCGCCGCCUUACUGUUUCUAGUCUUCAGGAGUCAGGGCUAAAGGUCAACCAACCAGCCUCUUUUGCAGUCAGCCUGAAUGGGGCCAAGGGGGCAAUUGAUGCCAAGGUGCACAGCCCCUCGGGAGCCCUGGAGGAGUGCUAUGUCACAGAGAUCGACCAAGAUAAGUAUGCUGUGCGCUUCAUCCCACGGGAGAAUGGCAUCUAUCUGAUUGAUGUCAAGUUCAAUGGUACCCACAUCCCUGGAAGCCCCUUCAAGAUCCGAGUUGGGGAGCCUGGGCAUGGAGGGGACCCAGGCUUGGUGUCCGCCUAUGGAGCAGGCCUGGAAGGUGGCGUCACAGGGAGCCCAGCGGAGUUUAUCGUGAAUACAACCAACGCGGGAGCUGGUGCCCUGUCAGUGACCAUUGAUGGCCCCUCCAAGGUGAAGAUGGAUUGCCAGGAGUGCCCUGAGGGCUACCGUGUCACCUAUACUCCAAUGGCACCUGGCAGCUACCUCAUCUCCAUCAAGUAUGGUGGGCCCUACCACAUUGGGGGAAGCCCUUUCAAGGCCAAGGUCACAGGCCCCCGUCUUGUCAGCAACCACAGCCUCCACGAGACAUCGUCAGUGUUUGUGGACUCCCUGACCAAGGCUGCCAGUGUCCCCCAGCAUGGAACCCUGGGUCCAGGUCCUGCUGAUGCCAGCAAGGUGGUAGCCAAGGGCCUGGGGCUGAGCAAGGCCUACGUAGGCCAGAAGAGUAGCUUCACAGUAGACUGCAGUAAAGCAGGCAACAACAUGCUGCUGGUGGGGGUGCAUGGCCCAAGGACACCCUGCGAGGAGAUCCUGGUGAAACACGUGGGCAGCCGGCUCUACAGCGUCUCCUACCUGCUCAAGGACAAAGGGGAGUACACACUAGUGGUCAAGUGGGGUGACGAGCACAUCCCAGGCAGCCCCUAUCGCGUCAUGGUGCCCUGAGCCUGGUGCCCAUGCCAGCUAGUAGCUCCCAUGACCGGAAGUGAUCCCACACCCACCCACUCCCCAGGCAGUCCCAUCCUCUCCCCUAAAUCGUGCCCUUGCCCCGGCCUGCCCUGGCCACCCUAUCACUGCAGUCGCCCCUGCCCUGCGCUCUGCUCACCUGCCUCCCCUGGUCUGGCUCUGGCCUCUUGGCUUUCACUUGGGCAGAGGGAGCCAUUUGGUGGCAGCGCCUGUCUUCUUUGGUUCUGGGAGGGGUGGUGGUCCUGUGUACAGCCACCUGCUAAUACUUUUUCCCAGCCAAGAAGAAUAAAGUUUUGCUUCUA